AUGGUAGAUACCCAAGAGCCCAUAAGCUCGGCAGAUCUUUUCUGGCAUCUCAUGCCUUCUACGACCAAUCUCGCGUUCAAUCUGAGCCUACCUCUCAACGUUGGUCCUCCGCCCUUUCAUUCCAAGAAUGCGAGAAUCCGCUACAUACUUUGCGUGUCACUUCUUAUUCGCGAUCAAGGAAGGCAGUACAUUGUCAGGACUUCCGAAGAUGUCACAGUGCUCUCAGUGUACGAUCCUGAAAAGGCACUCAUGUCGCUACCUAGUCCACUGACUGCCUCAGACGAGUGGAUAAAGCCCCGAGAAACCACCGUCGAAGUUGUGCGCGUCACUGCAGGCUUGCAUCGACAAGUGUGGGUCAGCGGAACUAGUCUCUACGUCGAUGUUCAUGUUGCCAACAACAGUCGCAAGCUAGUCAAAAAGAUUGAGCUUCAGUUGGAAAGGGACAUACUCUGCUACAAACACGUUGCUGCGGCCACGAUGGAGAAGUCUGCGGGUCAGGCUCGCAUCUUUGACAGCAACGAGCGGUCUAUCCUCAGUAAAGCAGUCGUCAAGCAUGGUUGUGCCGGCUGGAACGGUGUUUCUGCACAACAGACUCAUAUCAGGACCUGUGAUCUCGAAAUACCCCGUGGCCACGGUACGGUGAAGUGUGGCAAAUACUUCGAAGUCAGAUACUUCUUGAAUGUCAUUGUAGCCAGCGGGCAUACAAAGCUCGUAGCCGUCCAACUACCAAUUGUACUCAUCCACAUGAACUCUCUCGACGUGGUCCCCAACUCCGUCGCCCAAGUCGCCAUGGCCAUUGAAGAAAAGCGCACAGCCCGCCACUCUCCACCUCGCCUCGGUCGCCGCCCAUCUCAAUCCGUCCAAGGCCGCGCCUUCGCAGCACCGCGCAUGCAAUCCCUAGAACGCAUGCGCGCACGCGACGAAGCCAUCCAAGAACUCGGCCAAGCCCUCGAGCAAAGCCCUCGCAAAUACGGUCUUCGUCGCGCAAACUCUAACUUCGACUACCGCACCCCGCCUUCCAAUCGCAAAGGCAGAAUCCUAGGCGAUGGCGAAGCAGCAGAUCUCCAAGACCGUCUGCGCCGUGUAAGGUCAAACGAGACGAUUGGAUCGCGACCCCCGACUCUACACCGCAUUAAUUCUACACGGUCCAGACGAGGCGCUGCAUCAGCUUUUGGAUUUCGAGAAGCAGAGGUUCGAGAGGACAUUGAGCUUGGGGGACUGGGUGCAUCGGGCGAUGGGCCAUUGAAGGAAAGGUUGGAGAGAACUAGUGAUCGGCAGUAUCGGUUCAGCAAGAAGAAGAGCGUGGAGAAAUGGAAGGGUGUAGCGAAUGUGGGGGUUGGGUGGCUGAAGGGGAGUGGGGUUAAGGAUGAGAGGGAGAGGGAGGGAUGGGUGUGA